AUGGAAAAUGAAGACUCAAUCGAUCUGUUCUUCCACCUGCUCGAUGACUCGCAACUAGUAGCACACAUAAAUAAUAUUGGCCACGCAAGCCAGAAGGAAAAAGCGCACGCUGGCCGUAUUCCGUCUGUUCUUUCGUCCUUUGGCUCGGACCCAUUCAAUGAUGACCUCGAUUCGGUGUUGAUGAAAUUGAACAAUUCAGUGCCCAAACAGAGAUCCCAGAACUCUUUUCACUCUGCGUCUACGCUGUCGUUCGAGAUUUGUGCCAAUCAAUUGGCUGCUGUAGUUACGGAUGAUGAUGCAGACUCAGACAGGGGAGAAGUAGGUGCAGAAGGCAACAAAGGAGAUGAAAAAUCAGGUGCUCAAUUCGCACAAGAUGCAGCAAGUGACAUAGAAUUUGAGGUUGGUAACCUGCAAGAAGGCCCCAUCUCAAAUGUCAUGCGCUCUAGCUUCACCUUUGGAACUCAAACGGACCAAAAUCGCCAAUUGACAAAUUCGAACGAACUACGACAAGCUAGCGGCUUAUCCAUUUCGACAGAUGUCCUUGUCGAUCCCAUUAACCCAAUACCAGAUGUCGUCUCGAAAGAACUGCUGGACAGCGACGAUGAGGCGGAUGUGUCUAACUUUGGCCACGUGGGCGACCAGCACAAAUUUGGCGAUUUUGAAACAUAUUUUGAUAACAAGCACCGUAAGCAGCAGCUAGCGGAUCAAUACUUCGUUCAGUGGGAGAAACGUCGUCGUAGGGCCAACGGCGAAAGCUCCCAAAUCCCAACCAUUUUUGCUAACUGCACCAUAUUCGUCAACGGAAACACUGUUCCUUCCCUUCCUGUGAUCCAUAAAUUGGUUAUACUUCAUGGCGGCGUCUUUCUCCAGUACUUGAACAAUAAGUCCGCGGCCACACAUAUUGUUUGCGACAAAUUGACUCCUCGGAAGCGGAUUGAAUUUCGCAAUUAUAAAGUUGUGAGAGCUGCUUGGAUAGCCGAUUCUGUAGAGAAACAAGUCUUACAAGAUUGGAGGAAUUACAGACUCAUUGACGAUGUGGAUUACGAUCAGAAAAGACUAGGAUUUGAAAAAGUCAAGUCAACAAUAGACGAUACUUCCGCUCCUGCAACAUCGCCAACACCUGAGUCUCUUAGCGUCAAUGCACUUGAGAAUUUGAUUGACGACAACGAAAUCCUCGACUCUGAGAUACUAGAUGAUGACGAGUUAUUGCUCGGUUUAGGAGCAGAAGAAUCGACGAAUCUUGAUGGUGAUUUAGAAGGUAUCCGAGUGAAUUCUGUUGUAGAUGAUUUCAGAGAGAUUGCAGAGGACCCUAGUAAAACUGCCUCGGGAACGACCCUUGAUAAGCAAACUGAACCUAAGUUUUCCCAAUUCCAAAUUGCUCGCCCUCGAAAUGCUUUUGGGCAAAUGGAUGCGAAACAUCCUGACUUUUUAGCGCAUUUCUUUGCCAACUCUCGUUUGCAUCAUUUGAGUACCUGGAAAGCGGAUUUGCGAUCCAAAUUCAUUCGACUUGUGGCAAAUCAUCCUGAUUUUCUGGCUAAGAAACCUGAUGUGCCUCAUGUGGUCCUUCACAUAGAUUUUGAUUGUUUCUUUGCCGCUGUUUCUGCCUUACUGCACCCCAAUUUAGACAUCAACAGAGAUCCAAUUGCUGUAUCUCAUGGAGGCAAAUCUUCUGAUGUAGCCAGUUGCAAUUAUGUCGCUAGACUGAAAGGAAUCAGAAAUGGACUGUGGCUAGGCAAUGCAAUGCAGUUGUGUCCAGACCUUAAAGUCAUUGACUAUGAUUUCAAUGCUUAUGAGAAAGCGUCGCAUGCAUUUUAUACAUACUUGAUUUCAUCAAAUUUCUUUGAUUCAAUCUUUCCUGUCCUGAUUGACGAAGUAUUGGUGGACGCUUCAACUCAUUGUUCAAAACCAGAAGUGAAUGUGGAUUCAUUCUGCAAGCAAAUUCGCGAUGACGUGUUAAAACUAUCGGGAUGCACUAUUAGUAUUGGAGCAUCUAAGAAUAUUCUUUUAGCUAAACUAGCUACAAGACAAGCAAAACCGAACGGGCAAUUUUACUUGCACAAGGAUAUUGAGUCAUUUCUUGACGGUACCAACCUACGCGACAUGCCGGGUAUGGGCUACGGUCUUUGCAGAAAGUUGUGUGAUGAGACCGACUUGAAUGACAGUUCAAUGAUUUUUGUUAGGGAUGUCAAACAUUUCUCUCUUCAAAAGCUUAUGAGAAUUCUCGGAGAGGCUACUGGACAGAAAUUGUUCAACUUUUGCCGAGGAAUCGACCAAACUCUGAUAAAAUUAGACACUUCAAGUAGCGAAGCGUUGCUAGGCAGAAAAAGCGUUUCUGUAGAGGUCAACUUUGGUAUAAGAUUCGACACCUUCAAUCAAGUGGAGACCUUUCUCGUAAAUGUGGCCAAGGAGUUGCAAACAAGAAUGAUUAAUAUCGGUGUCUGUGGCUCGCGUUUGCUGCUCAAAUUGGCGAGAAGACAACCCAACAGUCCUGUGAAUCCCCCAAAAUACAUGGGAAUGGGAAAAGUCGACUUUUUUAGCCGAACUUCGAGCAUGGGUAUACCUACAAAUGACUGGGGACUUGUGGGAUCUGAAUUGAAAGCUCUUUGCCGCUCACUCAAUAUACCACCUGAAGAGCUUCGAGGAGUUGGAGUGACCAUGGCGAAACUAGUUGAUAUUGAAGUUGCUAAAAAGACACAUCAACAAAAGUUGCAAUUUAGCAAGAACACUCGAUUGAAGCCAGUAUCAGCAGUUCAAUCUUCCCAAAUGUUCCCUUAUGCCGAACGAGUGGUCAAUAGCGAAUCCAUUGAUUGGGAAGUCUUCAAUCAACUCCCAGACGCCAUAAGAUUGGAAUUCAAGAAGGAAUUACUUCGGCGAGGAAUCCCAGUUUCGUCGAAAGAGAAGAGUCCAACAAAACAACCCGGACAAAAGGUGUUUAUGCAACAAUUGUUCCCAUCUCAACCCUUCGGAAGCUACAAAUCUGUUCGGGUCUUAGAAUCACCCACAAAGAAAAAGCGUAAGAUACGGGAAUCUCCUACAAAGGUGCAGAAUGUGAUCUUCAAAGAGGAGUCACCCACGCCUUACAAUGAUGAAACGAUGGUGUAUGAUGAAGAUGUGUUGAACGAGAUUCCGUCGUCGAUUCGGAAUGAGUUCAUCGCUGAGUGCGAGAAACAACAACGAAAUAAAAAACUAGCGUUUGUUUCGAUCCGUGAGAAACUAGAAUUAAAGGAUCAGCAACGAAAACACAUGGAAGAGAACACUAUUGACGAGGAAUGGCUCAAGUCACAGCCCAGGCUUGUCAGGCAACCAACUAUGCCAGGGCUAGCGUCUGAGUACUCUCAAUUGGUUGUGCAAUUGGGUGAAUGGAUACAUCUGUCACUGGCUGAAGGAGGACCCCAUCCAGAUGACGUAUCAUUAUUCGUGGAGUAUUUGCGAGAAUUGGCUGUCGGUGGAAUAUUCAACAGAGCCAUUACCUUAGUCAAGUUUUUGACGCUGAGAAUUGAAAUGGAAUCGACCAAAGCGAAACUAUGCUACACAGAUCGUCAUCAAUUGGCCGUCCAACAUGGGUUGGGUGAAUGGAUUUCUGUUGUCAAUGAAGCGCAGAAUGUUUUAGUGCAAUUGGGCCAAGAUAAAGGGAUCGAGAUUGAUUUUGAUCCUUAA